ACACAAAGGCAUCAACACCUUACAAACUAUUUUUAAAAUGAAGACUUUCUUUGCGUUGUUGGUUGCUACCCUGGUGGUUGCCACUCAAGGAUCCUACGUACAAUCAUCAUACUGGCCAUCACACUCAGCAGGAUGGAACUCCUGGAACAAUGGCUGGAACGGUUGGAACGGCUGGAAUGACCACCAAGUGGCUGCCUACCCAUACGCGAAAUCCUGGACCUCAUCCUGGCCAUCAACCGGUUUGUACAACAAAGGAUGGAAUGGUUAUUAUGGUGCUUACGAUAAAGUCAAUUCCUGGGCUCAACCAUGGGGAACUUAUGGAGCUGACUGGGGAUAUCAGAACUUUGCUAAGACCUUUGUUCCAUCGGUGAAGGUCAACUCGUGGGGUCUGCCAUGGGGAAGCUACGGAGCAGGGGCCUACGGAUGGGACCAUCCGGAAGUCGUUAAGACCGUUGUUCCAGUCGUGAAGCAGGUGGCCUAUGCUGAACCAAUUGGUGUUGGUAAAGUGCUGGUGCACUAACUGAAUGACGAAAUUCAUAUUUGGACUCAUCAAAGAAACAAGUAGUGAUAUCAACUAAAAAAAUAUAAAAGUUUUAAGCAAAAUACUUAUAUUUUUAUAGAAUUGGUCCAAUUUAUGAUACUAUAUUCACAGUCAUACCUCGAUAUAAGGCAACCUCGAUAUAACGUACAUUUUUUAAUUAUCUUAAAAUUGAAGUACAACAAUGAUUCUUGGGGUGCAUAAUGUUCUGAAAAAUGUUUUUAGUAAGUUUUGAAACCAAUAAGUACCGUAAAAUGGGGCAAAAUUGACAUUUUUUUUCAAUGUUUUGUGACUGGUUAUGUUUGUCUACAAAAAUUAUUUUAAAGGGGCAUAAGACAGGUUUAUAUAUACAGUUAGGUGAAGGGAAAUAAAAAUAAAAAUUUGCGCACCUUUGAGUAGCCAUCAAGAACUAUGCAUAACGGUAAAAAUAUUUGUGUUUUGAUAUAAUGCAACGAAAAUAAAAAUUAAGUUGCCUUAUAUCGAGGUAUGACUGUAUUAUCAAUUCAAUUGUCUGCAACAUGUACCCUAUUGAAUCCCUUCAAUUAUUUUUAACUUU